AUGCCACCAUUCAAAUGUUCGAUUAAUACUGAUGACAAUGAUGAUGAUCGAAUGCUGAAGAAAUUACAGGCCCUGAAUAAGCCAAAUCCACCUCCGAAGACUAAAUCAUCUCAUAAGAAAAGAAUGGAAGAUAAAAAUCAAUUAAAAAUUUCUCCAAUUGGAAUUCCAUUUGAGGUAAUUUUUGAUCAUGUGGUGAAAUAUUUGGAUAUUGGAACGGCUCAUAAGAAAUUGAGAUUAGUUUCAAGGCAGUGGAAUGAUAUUAUUUUGGGAAAUGAUGAGGAUUAUUCAGUGGAGUUUGAGAUUGAUAUUGAUUUUUCUAGGCAGCAAUUUUUGAGUAAGAAAUUUUACUCAACUGCUGAACGUGGAUUUUUCAAAAAUGUUACAAAACUUACAAUGAAAGCAUUGCCUCAAGGGAUGAAGAAGACAGAAAAUCGUACAUUAAUUCCAGGUAAAACGAUUGUUACGAGAGGUUACAAGGAAAAUGUUGGUGGAAGUGUUCUCAAAUUCUUUCCAAAUUUGAAAGUUUUGAAUUUGAAUGAAAAUGAAAUUCCAGAAGAAAAAUUCAAUUGGCUUUUAGACUUGAAAUCCAAUCAAUUGGAAGAGCUUUAUUUGGAGGGUAAUGAUUUUAAAUUGAAAACUUGUGAACACAUCAGUUCAUGUGAAAAUCUACAGAGCUUGACAGUUUUAAAUUUAUCCCACAACCAACUCACUGAUGCAGGAUGUAAAUUACUAUCUCAGAGUGUUUGUCUUCAAAAUCUCAAAAACUUGAACAUUUCCUCAACUGAUUCCUCUCUUGACGGCUUGAUGUAUAUUUCCAAUGCAACAUUUUCAUGCAAUUUAACAAUUUUGAGAGCAAACAAUAAUAAUCUUUCAGAUGCAUUUCAUCAAAGAAUCACAAAUGGAGAAUUUAAAUUCAAAUCUCUUCAAACUUUCUCAAUUAGAAAUUGUGAAAUAUCACAAGAAACUCAAACCCAAAUUGCAAAGGACAAGAAAUUGAUUUCUACUACAUUGGAUCGAAUCCUCCUGUAA